AUGUCAGUGCCUCACUGGGUGAUGGGCCACUGGAGCAAGCUGGUAGCAGCGCUGAGGACUGAGCCUGUUUCUUUCUCCCAGGCACUGGGAAAUUUGGGGUACAGCAACUACGCCCGUCAAAGCCUCUAUUGGAGCAACUGGCAUGAUGGAGGGCUGGGAUGUGGGAGAGGUUGGCUGCUGCCAACUGCUCCACACUUCCCCGUUUCAGCAGAGGACACCACAAAUCAUAGGAAUGGCAGAACCUCUAAAACCUAUUUCUGGGUGAGAAAUACGGACACACUGCCCAGAAAACUCAAUUCCCAAAUCUUCUCAUUCGGGAGCCACUCACAUGUGUUGACAGUGAUGACGCCUGCUGUCCACAGAACUGGGCCUGGCCUGGAGGCUUGCGGAGGGUGCGCUGGUGGGUGGGGGUGUGCAGCAUUAACACAGGGCCGGGCCGGGCUGUGUGGGCCUGAAACCACCAGCUCAGCUUCUUGGCAGCACCCACACCUGGGAUGGGCUAGUGAACACCUGUGCUCCGGGCAGGCUUUCGGGGUGAACAGAGUAGGGCCAGUUCUAUCCUGUGUGCUGCUGUGGCCCCAGCUCCUGGCACAGGAAGUAUUUGCUGCAGGUGUGGGGGCUCAAAGGCUGGGUCCCUGCAGAGCGGGGGCAGUGGUGAGGUCCUCAGCAGCCAGAGUGAGGCAGCAUGCGUGA